AACGGUUCCCGGAAGUGGCGUUAGUGCGAGUGAAUACCGGAACUAACAGAAGACAAAGAAUUAGCUAAAGACCCGACAGUAUUUAGCAGUCUGUCCUCCGCUUUGACUCUGUCAAAGAUGUCCAGACUUCAGAGUCUGAAGCUUUUUAUCAACCAGCGGCUAACUGCGGCUGUCGAGGAGAUAUUCGGACAUUUUGAGAAAACAAUAACCGAGUAUGAAGAGGAGCUGGGCCGCCGCCGCAGGCUGCUGGACGUGUCCUCCAGACCGGACCCGACGCUGCGAAGUGAAGGCGUCCAGCAGCUGUCGGUGAGGACAGAAGAGGUUCCCCCCGAGCAGCAGGAGUGGAGCCCCAGUCUGGACCAGGACCCACCAGAGCUGCCACACAUUAAAGAGGAGCAGGAGGAGCUCUGGACCAGUCUGGAGGGAGAGCAGCUUCGAGGGCUGGAGGAGGCCGAUAUCACCGAGUUCCCAUUCGCUCCUGUGAAGAGUGAAGAAGAUGAUGAUGAUGAAGAGAAACCUCAGUCCUCGCAGCUUCAUCAAAGCCAAACUGAAGAGAACAGACCAGCCAAUGAGGACGAAACUUCAAACCUUCUGGAAGCUCAGACUGAAGACAGCAAUGGUUGGAUGGAGACCAGAGAACCUCAGUCAGGUUUAGAUGCUCUGAAUAAUAAUGUCAUUAUUAACCUCCUCGUAAGUGAGGAGGGCUGCGAUAAUGGUACAAAAUCAUUCACCUGCUCUGAGUGUCAUAAAGGUUUCAACCGCAAGGCAACGCUGAAGAGACACAUGAGGUGUCAUACAGGUGAAAAGCCUUACAGUUGUUCAGUUUGUAAGAGACGUUUCAGGUGGAGUGGCGAUGUUGCGGACCACAUGAGAAUCCACACGGGGGAGAAACCAUACAGUUGCUCGGUUUGCAACAAAAGCUUUGCAAUGCGCCGAAUCUUAGUCACUCACAUGAGGUGUCAUACGGGGGAAAAGCCUUACAGUUGUUCAGUUUGUAAGAAACACUUUAAAUGGAGUGGAGACCUUGUGACACACAUGAGAAGCCACACGGGGGAGAAACCUUUUAUGUGCAGCGAUUGUGGAAAAAGCUUCAUAAAACACGGGACUCUCACGAGACACAUGAGAGUCCAUACUGGGGAGAGACCGUACGUCUGCUCGUUCUGUAGGAAAGGGUUUUGUCAGAAAGGAGAUCUGACCACGCACGUGAGAACCCACACAGGCGAGAAGCCAUUCAGCUGCAGAGUUUGUAAAAGAAACUUCUCUCACUCGUACCGCGUCAAAAACCACAAGUGUGUUGUUGAGAGUAGCGGUCAGUGAAGCGGCUGAGUUGAAUUAUUCAGUCGUGGUGGAAAAAAAACCUUCCCGUGUGGAAUCCCUUCUUACCCACCUCAGAGUGUGGAAACGAUGUAAAACGCUUGAAAGUAAAACAAAACAAAUAUUUCUCCAAAACGUGGAGAACAAAACCAAUUCGUGAUAACUCAUUUUGUCAGUUACAAUCCGCAGCCCUGUGUUCACGGAGAAGAAAAGUUACAGACGCGUCUGAAACGUGGACACGAGAGAAAGUGACAUUUGUCUCCUGAUUUAGUCUACGCAGCAACAGGCUUGUUUUUAACCCAGUUAUAAGAAAACGAACUCUUGUUUUUAUUAUUAUUUAUCCUUGAAUUCAUCUUGUAUGUUAGGCCUGUGGCCACACGACAGCUGUCCUAAUAAACCAGGCACACAAAAACACAUACUUUCAUGUGCUAUAAAUAAAGUUUCAGAUUUGAGAAAAAGA